CAAAGGAGAGAGAGAGAGAAGCUUUUUGAGAGGAGAGAGAGAGAGAGAGAGAGAGAGGGCGAAAACCAUGAACGUUGAAGAGGAGGUCGAGAGACUCAAAGAAGAGAUCAAAAGGCUUGGCAAGAUUCAGGCCGAUGGUUCCUACAAGGUAACAUUUGGUGUGCUGUUUCAUGACGAUAAGUGUGCAAAUAUAUUUGAAGCCUUAGUUGGGACUCUGCGGGCCGCUAAGAAACGGAAAUUUGUGGCAUAUGAUGGCGAGCUGCUGCUGCAAGGAGUCCAUGACAACGUAGAAAUCAUGCUCAAACCUUCCCCACAACCAGCAACAUCUGCAGGUGAUGCAGUUGCAAAGGCGUAAGGGAAUUGAACAGUUCUUCAAAGGCUUGGUUUUUAUGUAAUCUUCAGCUUAAAUAUAUGUGCUUUUGUGUGAUUUAUAAUAUCAAAGCUUAGAUGUUUUGAGUGUAAAAGAAACUAUAAUAUCAAAGACCCAUGUUUUCCAUCAAACAAGAGUUGUCUGAAUGAAACAAUCUGUAAAGGCUUCGAUUGUUGACGCC